CGCCCUCUAGCGUCAACGCAGCAGAAGUACCACAUACGCAUAAUAUGCCGUUGAUUUUGGUUUCUCUCGAAGAACAACACCUCCUCCUCCUCUGUUGAGCAAGUACAGUAAAUCUCAAACACAGUGGAUGGGUGUUGACUGUAUAACCAAGCCUCCAUGUUACUCCACAGCGAAAUCACUCCUACGUGCAGCGAGCUAGCUAGUUAGCUUUCUAGCUAGUGAGUGCAUUGGAGCCGCUACGGUUGCAGCUGGUUUCAUCGUUCUCCGGUUUUGACACAAAAGAAAAGGAAUGUCCUGCCCGUGCACUUCGGCUGCAAGGUUGUUCCUGAAUUCAGCUCAUCGAGGAUUGUCCUGCUCUCGGUUGCAGUUUUAUUCUCUGAGUCGUCAUGGUUCCAGGGACGCUCAUCUACCUCCCCCUGUGCGGGUGCGAUCGUUUUCCGAGACCGCCGUCUGCUUUGCCUCCAAAGACGGCACCACAAAGGACAGCGGAAGCGAUGGCGCAAAGAAAAGCAUCAGUGAGGCGAAGAGGGGCUCGGGUUCUGGAGGAUCGGGCAAGGGAGGGAGUCAACUCCGAUGCCCCAAAUGUGGGGACCCCUGCACACAUGUGGAAACAUUUGUUUCAUCAACACGUUUUGUGAAAUGCGAAAAAUGCCACCACUUUUUUGUGGUUUUGUCUGAGACGGACUCCAAGAAGGGACUAAACAAAGAGGCUGAGUCUGCUGCGGAGGCUGUCAAACUGGCGUUUGCACAGAAACCUCCCCCUCCUCCUAAAAAGAUAUACGCUUACCUUGACAAGUAUGUUGUGGGGCAGUCAUUUGCUAAGAAGGUGUUGGCUGUGGCUGUGUACAAUCACUACAAGCGCAUCUACAACAACAUCCCCGCUGGCAGUCGCCAGCAGGUGGAGGUGGAAAAACAGCCCUCUCUGACACCUCGGGAGCUAGAGAUGAGAAGACGAGAGGAUGAAUACAGAUUCACAAAGCUACUGCAGAUAGCCGGGAUCAGCCCUCACGGCAACGCUCUGGGAGCGUCCAUGCAGCAGCAGAGCAGCCAGCAGGCACCCCAAGAGAGAAGGGGCGGGGAGGUCCUGGACUCCACACAUGUCGACAUUAAACUGGAGAAGAGCAACAUCAUACUUCUUGGUCCAACUGGCUCAGGGAAAACAUUGCUGGCACAAACGCUGGCUCGCUGUCUGGAUGUUCCCUUUGCGAUAUGUGACUGCACCACACUGACUCAAGCCGGUUAUGUGGGAGAAGACAUCGAGUCGGUGAUUGCCAAACUGCUGCAAGAUGCCAACUACUCUGUGGAGAAAGCGCAGCAAGGUAUUGUGUUUCUGGAUGAGGUGGACAAGAUCGGCAGCGUGCCCGGUAUCCAUCAACUGAGAGAUGUGGGAGGAGAGGGAGUCCAGCAGGGGCUGCUUAAGCUCUUAGAGGGUACAAUUGUCAAUGUUCCUGAGAAAAACUCCAGGAAGUUGAGAGGAGAGACGGUGCAAGUGGACACAACAAAUAUCCUUUUUGUUGCCUCCGGUGCCUUCAAUGGACUUGACAGAAUCAUCAGCAGAAGAAAGAACGAGAAGUAUUUAGGUUUUGGGACCCCAUCCAAUUUGGGGAAAGGGCGCCGCGCGGCAGCUGCAGCGGACCUGGCCAACACUAGCGGUGAGACGGAUACGGUGGCAGAAAUCGAGGAGAAGGAUAGGCUGCUGAAGCACGUCGAGGCCAGAGACUUGAUUGAAUUUGGAAUGAUCCCGGAGUUCGUGGGCCGUCUCCCUGUGGUGGUUCCGCUCCACAGCCUGGAUGAAGAAACACUGGUCCGCAUUUUGACAGAGCCACGCAAUGCUGUGGUCCCACAGUACCAGGCUCUGUUCAGCAUGGAUAAAUGUGACCUCAAUGUAACCCAAGAUGCCUUGAAGGCCAUUGCUCGCAUGGCCCUGGAGAGAAAAACUGGAGCUCGUGGGCUCAGAUCAAUCAUGGAAAAGCUUCUCUUGGAGCCAAUGUUUGAGGUGCCACACUCUGACAUCAUGGCUGUCGAGCUGAACAAAGAUGUCGUUCAAGGGAAGACGCAGCCCAGAUACGUCAGAGCUCCAGCCAAGGAGCAGGCAGAAGAGGACUAUGAUUCUGGCAUCGAGGAGGAGAACUGGCCCCGACAGGCGGACGCUGCUAACAACUGAAUCUUGUCAUCCAUUUCACACAAAGACACUUUGCUACUAGCCUUUGGAUACCAGCUCUGGGUUUUGUUAGAGGCCCCACAAACAAAAAUGAACAUUUUAUUAACGAUAAUGAAGGCGGUUGUGACUGAGGGUGUGGGCAUCAUGAACAAGUGGUGUGACAACUUCGGGUCGUGUGUGUGUGUGUGUG